AUGGAUUGGCAGUUUCCCAAGGAUGUAGCCGAGGACCCUGGAUGGGCUGGCUCCGUUCCAGUUCAAGCAUCGCCUGAUCUGCUUGGACAAACUCAACAUACUGAUGCGCGACGUAGUAUCAGUGAAGCUAGCAGUAGUGGAGCUGAUUCUGACGUCGUCAUUGGGCAACUCUCUCAACUCAGCAUUCGUCUCUCGAGAUUGUGUCGCUCAGCCGAAGAGCUCGCGAGUCCAUCACGAUCCUCAAUUCAACCCGGGCACGAAGUAGUCUGCAUCAGUACCAAGCCACUCAUAGAUGCUAUUGCUUUUGAUUCGGUUGCCUCGUGGCUUGCCCACGGCUCCACUGGCUUUAGUUCAUUUGAGUCGACACAAUGUUCAAAUGCCCAACCAACACAGCAGCCUGAUAUCAAAACACCUGGUGGUGUGCUUUACUAUCUCUUUUCAGCUUCGCACUUUAUGCUAGAAAUCUUACGAGAUCUGCCGCCGAAUAUUGGAGCGAUGCCCACGACAACUAUGCCAUCGCUGGUGGAAUUUAAUUCAUUUGACAGCGUCAUUUGUCAUCUAUCUAUCGGCUGUUAUUCUUCCCUCAUGAAUAUCUAUAUCUCAGUGUUAGAUAUUCUCGAGCAUGACGCAACUCUAAGCAGCCAGACGGAUAGAGGAGCAUUAGGUGAUAUCCAGCUCGUCUCUAUCGUGCAAAUAUGCUCUUACCUCACCGAGCGACAGAACCAAGCGAUUGAUUUAUAUCUUUCAACUAAAAGCUCUAAACCUGGCUCGCCAUGGCAAAAUUCACCUUCUACUGAAACCCUGCAAUCCUCUGAUACUGCUAUUAGAGAGGAGAUGACGUGCUUGAAAUUGGAAGUACAGCAGCGACUCUCGCGUUUACAACAAAUUUUGUGUUUUUGA